UAGUAAAAUACUUCUUAUUCAAAUUACUAGCGAUUUGGCACAGACCAGGAGAAGGGAUUUCUUGUUCGAAAGUUUAUAGAACCGCCAUUGCUACUAAGUAAUCCGACGAUUCGACGAAAUCGUUUCUAUUGUUAAAAUUUCAAGAGUUUGGUGUGCCUUCUCAAUACUGGUACGUUUAACCUGUGAUUCAUGACCGAGAAUCGAGAUCGGAAACUGAUCGAAGCAGAAAGAGGCAUAAACUAGUUCGACCUUAAAAGUCAUUUGGCGUUGACCAUUUAUUCACAUUUUAUAGACGAAAAUCUGUGAUAAUUCGAAAACGUGUACUUCCAACUGAAAUAACAUGUCGGAUACAAGACGACGACGAAAAUCAAAUCAGUCUUGUGGUUCUGAUGACCUCUCGGAUUCUUGUGAAGAAUUAAACGCAACGAAAGAAACCCAGAGCAGCGAGCAAACUGAUGGUCAUCAGGAUUCAGAAUGUGAUAUCUAUCCUUCUGAUUCUGAUGCUGAAUCUCAAGAUGGUGCAUUGCGAGAAAGUGGCGAUGGGCAAGAAGAAGAAAAACCGCAGAAAAAGCUGGACGAUGAUGAAGACAGACGUAACCCACAAUAUAUCCCUAAAAGGGGAACAUUUUAUGAACAUGAUGAUAGAACCAUUGAUGAAGUAACAGAUAGUGCAGUUGAGUCACAAAAUGAGAGAGAAAUCAAAGAAAAAAAAGUAUGGAAAGAUAAAGAAGAUAGAUGGGAUCAUGAUCGAUAUAAUGAUGAAGAACAGGCACCAAAGAGCCAUGAAGAAUUAAUAGCUGUUUAUGGCUAUGAUAUAAGAAAUGAAGAAGGUCCACCUAGAGCUAGAAGAAGAAGAAGAUAUGGCCGUGGUCCUAACAAAUACACGCGUAAUUGGGAAGAUGAAGAUGCAUAUGGAAAGCCUGGAAGUAAUGUAUCAAAUAAAAAUAGAAAGUUUAAUAGAAGUGGAGAAGAUUUUCCUGCUCUAGGAACAAAUAAGAAUGCUUCUACGCAUGUAGAAGAACCAGUAAUUUCAUCAGCUUGGUACAGUAGUAAGAAUAAGUCACAGAAUAAAGUACAAAAUUUUCCACCUCUACAAGCUCAAGGUGAUAGUCUGAAAUCAAAAUCUAGCAAUACAUCCAAUACUCAUACAAAUGAAAAUAAGGCUCCUAAUGAACCUACAAAUCCAGCCUGGAAAAAGGAUACUAAACAUUCGUCUCACAUUCAGAGCAGUAAUGGAAAUAGUGGAGCUGGUGGUGAUGCAGAUAAAUUGAUUAAUACAAAGAUAUCUUCAAGAGAUAAUAACAAGAGGAACGUUCAAGAGUCUGUAAGCUUGGCAGCGAGUAGAACUCGUGGACGAGGAUUCAGAACAAAUGCUAAUAACAAUAUGGUCACCAAUAGAACAGUUGAGAUCAAACCAAAGGGACGCGGAACUGGAUCGGCUACCACUGAGAAUAAGAGAAAUAAUAUACAGAAUGAUGAUGAGCAGCAAAUUACUCAUGACAUGAAACACAUUAGUGUUACUGAUGGUACUCAAUAUCAUCAAAGUGGAAGACAUAAUAAAAGCUUCUAUGGACAGUCCUCAAAUCAGCAGAGAUCGGGAACAGUACCUCCAAGAAUGCAGCAACAACAACCACAACAGCAACAACAACAACAACAAGCGAUUCAGCAACAAGAUAGUUCUGCUAAUAGGCCAAAACGUUAUUCAAGUUUGCGACAGCGAUCUACUGUUUCGGAUAAUCCAGGACCACAAAAUUAUCCACCACAACAUGGGCAACAUGGACAACAUAAUCAACAUAAUCAACACAAUCAACACAAUCAACAUGGCCAGCAUGGUCAACAUGGAUAUUUUCCUCCUCAAGCUGGAAAUUCAAGAGGUGUUUUAGAUUCACAAGGAUAUCCACAAGGACAUUUUGAGCAAACCACACCUGUUGCUACUGCAACUGCACCUAUGACUGGUCAGCCUGUAAUUCCUAUACCACCUAAUGGUCAACCUGCCAGUUAUGCUCCACCGCCAUUUUUAGUACCGCCACCUCAGUUUAUUUCUCCACAAACUGCUCCACCUAGUAUAAUUAAUUACGUUCCUGGUCCAAAUGGACCAGCAUUUCAACCAAAUUUCCAAGGUUAUCAAGGAUAUAGUCCACCAGUACAGCCACAACGUCCUCCACCUCCACAAGAAUUGUUUCAACCACAAGGUUGUACUUACUAUAGUCCAGCGCAGCAGCAACAGCAGCAACAACAAUCAGCUCCAAUGAGACGACCAAAAGCAGCUAUUCCAAUUCUUCCACCACCUGAGACUCAACAUCAGACCAGUCGAGGGAGAGGUAAAACCACACAGCUACAACAAACAAAUCAACUUGGUAAUACACAACAGACUGAACAAGAAGUUAAAAUUAACUCAAUAGAAAGUGAUCAGAAGACUGUGCCAGAACAGUUCGAUAAUACAGAAAUUGAACAAGCAGAAAUUCAAGAAACAGAGAAAAUCGACGGUUCGAGUGCAAUAGCGAAGCCUGUGGUUGAGAAUACCGAAAAAGAUAUUAAAAUUCUUGAUAUCGGAACACCAGUGAAUUUGGAACAUACUAUUACCGACCAAUUAGACGAUAUGAGUGCUAAUGAUUCAUCAAAAGUCACUAUGAAGGAGGAAAAUAUUUCGCUUAAAGUUAUGGAACCAGUCGUUGAAAAGGCUGAAAAUGAUUCAAACAAAAUAGAAAAUACAACGACUGAAAGUACAGUUGUUGAAGAAGCAGCAGCUUGAAAAAACAUCGUACAGCGUGUAACGUUCCUUGCGAAAGACGUAAUUGUGACAUUUCGUGAGUAUGAGUACACAUAUAUCAUAAAGAUACUGUGUAAUUUUAUUGACGUUACCAUGCAAUCUGUAUAGGAAAAUUACCUUCACAAAUAAUUUGUGAAAUACUUUAGGAAUUGGAUGUGUGCGUGUCUAAAAUAUAUUUUGAAUGACUAUCUAAUUUCAGCAUAUUGUUGUAUAUUUCGUGGAUAACAUUUGUAUCAAUGUUUUACUACGAAUUUCAUCGAUCUACUGCUGUCAUUAAACGUCAUCCUUCUAUAUUGUUAAACCCCUUUCAUAUAUGAAGUCUACUAAUAAUUAAUUAUUAGUAGAGGCAACUAGUGUUAAACAUAUUAUUGUAUAUCGAGUAUUAACGCAUGCAGCAUCGGCUGGUAAAAUGACUAAUAAAUCGAUAUAUCUUUUUAAUACCAACGGCUAUUGUAAAUAGGAUAUAGUCAGGUCAGUAACCUCAGUAUGUAUUGUUUUUCGUGUAUAAACAAAUUUGUACUGCGAUGCAAGUAAACGGUGGAUGAAUGAAGUACAUUUAUUAGAUAAAGAACCACUACUUAAUGCUUUAAUUUUACUUAUAUUACACUAGAACAAAAGAAAUCUUUAAUCUGCAUCGUGAAGAAAUAAUCGUUACAUAAUUUACUGUAUCUUAAAGUCUAGUUAAGUCAAAGGUAAUACUAACUAUUAAAUUUGUCAUUAAUAAAUGUUAAUCGGCUUUUCGUAAUAGCUACGAAAAGUCCAAACCGCGAUUAUUCUUUUUUUUUAAAUACGCUUACGAAGAUAUGCUUUGUUACUGGCAAGGUGGAAUGGAAAGAUAAUAUAUUGAUAAGAAGUUUUU